AACACGUGAAGAUAGCAGUGCAAGUACUCUAAACAGAGAUUAACAUAGAGAUAAAGAAAAUUUUUUAACAUAAUGACGUAAUUAUUCUCUAAAUAAUACAUUAGAAUAACGAAGCUCUCAAAGACUAUUGAAGACAAUUAGUCUAAGAAAAAGGCGCCAAUACAUCACGUCGAAGAAGUCGUAUAUGCAAUCGUGGCGAUUUGUGAAAAUGAAAGUAAUCGUUCCUGUAGUUAUGUCCUUAUGGUAUUUUUUGUCAAGUAUUAUCCACAUACACGCUGAUAUUCUUGAAAGUAUAAACGUUGUACCGAAAGGAUAUAAUAAUUUACGAAAAAGACAAGAUUAUUUCGGAUAUUUGAAGCAAUGCAGUAUUUUACAAUUUUGGGAUAAACAGAUUGGACAAGUAAAUGUUCUUGCUUUCUUCGAUUCAUCGAAGCAGUUUAGUCAUGGACAAGCAUCUAUGUUAAAAAUAUUGAAGCAACGUUUCAAAAAAACGGGUUUGGACAACAUUCAAUUUUUCGCGAUAAACGCUGUACAGGAAGCAUCAACUCAAAACAUCGAUAGAGCAGAAAUUCAAUUAGAAGAUGAGCCGUGGAAACAGAUUUUACCAAGCGAAUCCGAUGGGCUUCCUCCUAUCACUGGAUCACCCGAAGCACUGAUCGAAGAACUCGGCCCUGACGUAUAUUUUAUUCAAGACACAGUCGAGCUACAAAUUUGGUUAAAACUCAAAGCUUUUCCAGAUCAAAUUCUCGUUAUCGAUCGAUGUGGAAGAUUGACCUAUGAAGUUAUCGUACCUUGGAGCAUAUUACAUUUCCCGUAUGUCAAGGCAGCUAUUCUUUCUACCUAUAAUGACGAACCCUGCGGAUACUGCCAGGAAUCAGAAAUUCCAACAACAAUGCAAAUAGAAAAAAUGAAUCUAAACAACAUAACUGAAAAUGAAAAUCAGAGUAUUAAUUAUAUUUUACAAACUCGAUCAUCAAAUGGCCGUUCUGUAUUAUCUAAUGGAUUGCAAAAUCAUCUAGAAACUAUGGAAAGGAAUAGAUGGGCAAACGUACGUUUAAAUCAUAGUAAAUUGAAUGGUGAAGAUAAUUUACUCGAUGCAGACUCGAUGCCUAUACGCAUAAUAAUGCGCGCUCCUCAUGUUGAUGAAUUAAAUGAUCAAACGAUGAAAUCGCAUGAAUAUCUUGUAUUAAAAACUGGUUUGUCAAACUACCAUGGUCACCUAGAGCCACAAGAAGAAAAUGAAUCGAAUUUAGCAAAUGAUAAGAGCCAAUUUAAUAUCUUGUCACAUGAGAAAUCUGAAAUAGUUAAAAGAACCUUUGGUAAAGAUGAAAGUCCCGGAUUAUAUGGCGAGGUGGCUGAUUACUGGCAAAACUUUAGCAACGAACAGAUUCAUGAAAAUCUACAGUUUACUAUGGCCAAUAUUGAUCAGAGUGUGGAAAAUCAAGAUACGACUUUUAUGGAAUAUGAUGCAUUGAUACCAACUGAAUUAUCUAUAAAUAAUGAAAGAAAAGAGAAUGUGGAAAAUAUAUAUAAGAGUUCGAACGUCACACCUACGAAAGAAGCAGAACUUAUUGGUGAAAAAAUUGAUGACGAAACAAUGUACUUUAAUAAAGAAGAUGACAUAGUCGAUGAAGAAGCUAAAAGUAAAUUGAUAGCACAUUACAGUAAAUUAUUGCCAUGGUUAUAUUAUGACUUAUCUAAAUAA